AAAGGGGGACCUUGCUCGCGAGAACCAACAGAGCCAACACAGUGCCCGAGCCACUCUCGGACCGAUUUCUCGUGCGUCCGCGGUCCGCCGUGAAAAUCGAGCUGCACCACCUCUUUUGCCUGUUCGUCCGUAGUACUUUGAAUUUCUUUAAUUUCCUCGUAGUGUUUCGCCGCUACCACGACCUCCGAGCCCCCCGCGAGUGUAGCAGCAGCGUGAGCGAGCCAGAAAGGAUUCGUACCGCCAGCGCGCCCUCGCCAUGCCCCCCGCCCCGCGGCUCGCCCAUCCGCCCGCCCAAGUGCACCAGCUGCAGUCCAAGGGUCACCAUGUCCGUGGUGCAGACCAGGGUCCGUGACCAGAACUGCGCCGGCAACAGCAACUCUGCGUCCACGUCUUUGCCCACGCAAGCUGCCGUGAAAAGAGGAGGGAUGCAUUGCGCCGUGCUCGAGGGCGACGAUGCAGAGCCGCACGAGGUGUUUGCAGCCCUCGGCGUGCUGGUGCUCGAAGGCCGCGUGCCCGGCGCCACCGACCGGGGCUACGGCGAGGGACCCCACUGCCCACCCCUCGGGGCCAAGCCUCGCCCCGCUGGUCUCCCGCACCAGUGCGACCCCAACACCAAUAUUCUGUGCCGUCGAGAGUUAGAAUUCCGCAAAAGAAUAUCCUUGCUGUGGCAGUCGGGAAUACCCAUGAAAUUGGAGGUGCUCGUGUGUCCCGACUGUGCCUGCGGAGCUCAAAGAGCCUCUUGUUCAGAACCAUCGGUGAAGCCGUCACCGUCAGACUUGCUUCUCGAACAGUGGACAAUCUCAGCUCAGCCCGACAUAAGUGGAGAUGAAGUUGGAUGUGGCAUGGGCGUGAGGGCGUUGCUGCAGGCUGUUCGUUCGCAACUGUUCUUCUCCCAGCUGGGCGCUUGGUUGUCCAGCUCAGAAGGACGGUUUCCGAGACACAUCUGCUACAGGCUGACCGUCCCUGGAGAACCUUUUACCUCGCAUUUCCAACGCCAGCCAGUGGAACACAGCUUUCCAGAAGUCAAGAUUGGAAGACCAAACAAUAGAGUCACAUUUCAGGUUUCUUUGAGGAGUUUGCCAAGGGGUGAGAGUGGAGUACUGCCUAGUUUGCUGUGCGUCCACAAACAGGACGAAAUCUGCUCAUCUGCAGCCCCGACCAUCAAUAGUACAACAACCAACACUGCCAAUGAUCUCAAAAAUAACGAAUUAUUAUUCCCAAUUAAUAAUUCUGGAGUAAAGAGAAAAAACAGCGUAGAAGAGAAGGGAGCUGGACCACUUCUUGGAGCUAGUUUGCUUGACCCGCCUCGGGAGAGAAGAAGGGGAGCGGUGGGGCAGUUCCAGACUCCUAGCCUGGAGACGCCGGACCAUCUUCUGUUCAGACCAACUCCUGUUGAAAGUACGGCGCUGAUUUUGGAUUUAGAGCCUGUUGCUAAUGGCGUUCAAACUGCAGCGCCAAAGGAGAAAGAUCGGUCGCACCACAGGACCAGCAGGCACAACAGAGUAAGAAGGAGGGAUUCUCUCAAGACUAGCGUGCUGGAUGAUAGAAUGCACGUUGGCUGCAACAAGGCUGGAAAACACCAUUGCUGCACCGAGGAUGAGGGAACCACAAGAAAAGAUGAAAGUGCAUCAAAAGUACAAGAAACAGAGAAACUGUCGAAAGAGCAGUUGACUGAGGGCCAGAAAGCGGAGACGAAGGUUGGAAGCAAGCUGAAUUUGAGUCCGCAAGAAGUAGGGGAAGUUCUGGCCGUGAUGCAGUAUUGGGUGCGGCCAGUCACUCAGCCGCACAAGGACCAGCUCAAGGACCACCUCGGGGAGAAGACCCUUGCUGCCAACAUGGUGGCGCUGGUAACGCCACCCUCACUGCCCAAGUCUUUCCUGGAAAAGGGUGCGAAAACCAAGCAACCGCUCGAGAAUGGAAGGAUGGUGGAUAAGGCGGACAAACUUAUGGCGGCCAUACUGCGGUCGAGCCAGGAGAAUGUUAUUGCGUUCCAAGCCCAGGCAAAGCCCACAGGACUGGAGAGGAUUAAACACAUGUUUAAUAAAACUGUGACAAUCUCUGGAAAGGAGACUGGAGUUGCAGCAGAGAUUCCAAGUGGGGUGAAAAUUCCAUCAGCCAUGGACAAAGCCAGGUUCAGGCAGUCUCUCGACUCCGCUGCCUCCAUGGUGUUCCGCUCAGGCCUGCCUCUUACCUCAAGUCCUGCCCCUGUCCGAAGAGGCACUUGCUUUGACUUUGACAGCUCACUCAACUCAGUUCAAGCCAUCAAGGGUGCCCUGUUUGAUAGUCAAUCGCUGUCAAGUCCUGCGUGCACCGACGAGGACAGCUGCACUGCCUCCCCUGACGUAGAAACACCACCGUCGCCGUUCACCACAUGCCAACACCCUAAACUUUCGUGGUCGCCCACCUCUGGUUCCCUACUUGGCUCGUUUGAAGAGUCGGUUUUAAACGGGCGGCUCGAGCCAGUCAGCACCGUCCAUGGCUUCACUGCGGAACUCGGAGCAUCAGGCUCCUUUUGUCCCAAACACCUCAACCUGCCUGUCACUGUCUUCUUUUACACCCUUGGCGACAAUGACAAGGUUUCUACUCCGUACCUGGGUCACAUAAAUUUGGGAAAGAAAGGUUAUAGCGUGCCAAGAAGUGGUACCAUCCAAGUGACCUUGUUCAAUCCCUUGGGCACCGUGGUGAAGAUGUUUGUGGUGGCUUACGACCUCUCAGACAUGCCGCCCUGCUCACAAACGUUCCUCAGACAGCGCACACUGUACCUGCCCAGCCAGGAGAACAACGCUGACGGACAGAUGCAGCCCUCUAAUCUCCGCUACCUCAUUCAUCUCAGGUUCUCAAGCUCCAAGUCGGGCCGUGUUUUCCUGCACUCGGACAUCCGGAUGAUCAUUUUCCGAAAGUCGGACCAAGACACGGCAACUGCCCACUGCGAGGAGGAAGGAGAAUCCGCAGCGCACGAGCUGCGCUCUUUCAUCAGUGGACCAACCAACCCGAAAUUCUCUCCCCGCAAGUAGCUGCUGAGAAUUCUUAUUAACGUUUAUAAUAUCUGUGAUACCAGCAAGUUGGAACUUUCUAAUUGAGCCCUCUCUCAGAAAGCAAGCGAUCUAUCAGAAAAAAAAUGUAGCAAGAAAGCACACACCUGCAACUCCUCAAUUGGAAUACUUCUCUUGUUUGUCUCAAAUUUCUUUAACUCAAUUUACUGUUGAGUUUCCUGCUGGGGCUUGAUGUGGUUGUCAAAUUCAGUUUGCGCUUCAAUCGUCUGGAAAAUUGCAGUAAAUGGUUGGUUAAGUUCAAAAUCUAUUGUGAAGUGACAAGGAUAGCCAAUUUGACACCAUGUCAAACUCCAUUAUUCGCUGAGUGUACAGAGUGUAGAAAUGUUUUUGAAUUUUGCUAACUGAACUUAUAAUUUGUAAAUCAACCGAUCAAUCUGUGUAGAAAUGUACUGUCUAAAUACUACACUGAUGCAGUUUGUCCGCUUAGGCGUAAAAAUGGAUGUAAAGAUCAUGUAAUAAUUACUUGUGAUGUGAGGUUCAAUUUAUCUCUCGUGAUACAAGCCAGCUGUUGUCUGGCCUCGUUAUAACCUAUGGAUAUGUGUUGAUUAUCAUUAAACACUAGUGAUGAUUUUGCCUCGGAGGUCGGCGCACAUUGUGCCUGCCUCCGCUGGAUAAUAGGCAGCCGUGAUAACUGAUUUUCCCCGCCGACAGCAGCCACUGUCACCUUUCUGAUCGGACACUGCAACUAUUGUAGAGGAGAAAUUUGGAUUCGGGCUCGUUUCUGUCUUGUCUUGCAAGCUUUAAAUAUUGUGUACAUACACACUUACUAUAUGGCUGCUUCGGAGACGGGGUUCGCACGGGGAAAUCUUUGUAGGAAAGUUAAAACAUUUACAUUGUAAGGAUGAUCACUUUUUCGAACCCAUAGUUCUUCCACAAACUGGUAGAGAGACACAUGUACACAAUACAUGAAGAUUCUAGCAAAACUGCAGGCGUGAGUGUUUCUAAUUGUACUUUGCAAAUCAACCAAUCUUUCAGUAUAGGCACUCAUUAUUAUGCUAAUUAUGAUUGUAGUAAUUAAGUCUGCUUCCCGGGGAGCUUUUUGGUCAUUAUAUAAUAUUUUGAUGCCAAUUUGAAGCGUUUUGUGUGUUCUUACUUUAUCCACAGUGUACUCGAUUAUCCGACUUCAUUUAACCACAGAAGAGUAUGUUGUAUAUUCUAUAUUUUACUAUGAAUUAUUCACCAUGUGACAUAUUAUGAUAAUCGCAUUAAUCAGUUCUCAGUUUACACACUAGCUGUGCCUGUCGAUUAAUUUCUCACUCUCGUAAUUGAGUUUUUCGUUCAUUUCAAGCGAAGCGACUUGGAAUGAUUUCAUAUUCUGAUAUGUGUUUGGUGUUUGCAUUCGAUUGGAAACUAUGCUUUUGGUUGAUUCGAUUUUGGUAUAGCCUGUACAAUUUGAUGUAAAAAGCAAAUAUUUUGAAUUUGAGUGCCGGAAUCUUCUAAUGUCUAAGUACGAAUUUGCGUUCAUUCAAUAUCUCUCUGCUUUUUUUAUAAUUUCGACAAACGAAAACUGUGCAGGUAUAGAUUACAUUUUAGGAAAAUCAGAUCACAAGAAAAACAAGAAAACGUGCUUCAACUUUCACAGAUUGGAAAGCAUCUUAUUUAUUAUAUAAAUGAUACAAAAUUAUACAAUUAAAGAGAUCACAAAAUAUAUAUUAUGGAUUGUAUUAAUAACAAAUUAAGGAACAAUAGCAUGCAUUAGCAGAAAAGUGAAAUUAAAUACCUAUGUUUCAAACAAUACUGCUAUGUUUUAUGACAUAGCUUUAUUUAGAUAAUGACGAUAAUGGUGUAUUGAAGUUUUCUUGAUGUUCCUUUAAUAAAUGAAAAAUGCAUAAUACUGUCAACAAUAA